CAUUCAUUCUUUAGUCUUCGUUCGGACACAGUUACGGUUGUAAGUUGAGUAGUGAAAGGUUGAAAAAACGGGAUUUUCCCAGGGUUUAGCGCUAGUUUUGUAAUUAGCAAUUAAUUUGACUAGUUCGGAACAAAUAGUGUAUACUUAGUGGAGAAUUAUUUCAUAGUUGAGCAGGAUGAAGUACCUGUUACUUCUAAUUGCUGGAGUUUUCCUGUUUACAGCACUUACCACAGUUCGUGCGGAGGACGAUGUUGAUGCAGAGGACCUUCCGGUCGUGGAGCAGGAUCUAGGCGCUUCGAAAGAAGGCUCCCGUACCGACGCCGAAGCGGUUCAACGAGAGGAGGAAGCUAUCAAAUUGGACGGACUAAAUGUGGCUCAGAUCAAGGAGCUGCGCGAAAAAUCGGAAAAGUUCACCUUCCAGGCGGAGGUUAACCGUAUGAUGAAAUUGAUCAUCAACUCGCUAUACCGCAACAAGGAGAUCUUCCUGCGUGAGUUGAUUUCGAACGCGUCCGAUGCACUGGACAAGAUCCGCCUGUUAUCGCUCACCAGCCCCGGAGUACUGGACAGUAACGAAAAUAUGGAAAUCAAGAUCAAGGCUGAUAAGGAUGGCAAAGUGCUGCAUAUUAUCGACACGGGUAUCGGCAUGACCAAGCAGGAUCUAGUCAACAAUUUGGGUACGAUUGCCAAAUCUGGAACGGCAGAUUUUCUCUCGAAAAUGCAAGAAUCCAAAUCUGAAAACCAGGACGUUAAUGAUAUGAUCGGACAGUUUGGCGUUGGUUUCUAUUCGGCUUUCCUGGUGGCUGAUCGAGUCGUUGUGACUACCAAACACAACGAUGAUAAGCAGUACAUUUGGGAGUCAGAUGCGGCUAGCUUCAGCAUAGUGGAAGAUCCUCGUGGAAAUACCCUGAAGCGCGGAUCGCAGGUUUCUUUGCAUCUGAAGGAGGAAGCUCAAGACUUCCUGGAGGAAGAUACCGUCAAGCAGCUGAUCAAAAAAUACUCGCAGUUCAUCAAUUUCCCGAUCUACAUGUGGGCCAACAAGGAAAUAGAAGAAGAAGUUCCAGUUGAAGAUGAGCCUGCGGAGAAAACUGAAAAGAAGGAUGAAGAUCAAACUGAGGAGGAAGACGGAAAGGUCGAAGAGGAGGCAGAGGACGAGAAGCCAAAGACUAAGAAGGUCAAGAAAACCGUUUGGGACUGGGAGAUUAUGAACGAUAGCAAACCAAUUUGGACGAGAAAGCCAAACGAUGUUACUGAUGAUGAGUACACCGAGUUCUACAAGAGCUUGACUAAGGAUACUUCAGAACCACUCACGCAUACACACUUUAUCGCCGAAGGUGAAGUAACCUUUAAAUCGUUGCUGUUUAUUCCAAAGGUGCAGCCAUCAGAAAGCUUUAAUAAGUACGGAACCAAGUCGGACAACAUCAAGCUGUACGUGCGCCGAGUGUUUAUUACCGAUGAGUUCAACGACAUGAUGCCAAACUAUCUGAACUUCAUUCGUGGUGUUGUCGAUUCGGAUGAUCUUCCGUUGAAUGUAUCUCGUGAAACUCUGCAACAACACAAAUUGAUCAAGGUUAUCAAGAAAAAGCUUGUCCGGAAGGCACUUGAUAUGAUCAAGAAAAUCGACAAGGAAGCGUACGAAAAGUUCUGGAAAGAAUUCUCCACCAACAUCAAAUUGGGCAUAAUGGAGGAUCCCAGCAACCGUUCUCGUCUGGCUAAGCUGCUUCGAUUCCAGUCUUCCAACGGCAAGAGUUCCAAGGAAUACACUAGUCUCUCUGAUUACGUUACUCGCAUGAAGCCAAAGCAGGAACACAUCUACUUCAUUGCCGGUGCCAGUCGAGCUGAAGUGGAAAAGUCACCAUUCGUUGAACGUCUACUUUCUCGUGGAUACGAAGUUCUUUACCUCGUCGAAGCUGUCGAUGAGUAUAGCAUUUCCGCUUUACCAGAGUUUGACGGCAAGAAGUUCCAAAACGUUGCUAAGGAAGGUUUCGUUCUGAACGAAUCGGAUGAAUCCAAAGCUAAAUUUGAUGAACUGAAGACAGAGUUUGAACCCCUGCUGAAGUGGUUGAAUGAUGUUGCCCUCAAGGACAAGAUUGCCAAGGCCCAAAUCUCCGAACGUUUGUCGAAUUCACCAUGUGCCUUGGUUGCUUCCAUGUUUGGCUGGACCGGAAACAUGGAACGACUAGCCAUGGCUAAUGCUCACCAGAAAACGGAUGAUCCGCAACGGCAGUACUAUCUAAAUCAGCGCAAAACACUCGAAAUCAAUCCCCGCCAUCCACUUAUGCGAGAAUUGUUACGACGGGUAGAAUCCGACGCCGAGGAUAUCGUCGCAAAGGAUAUGGCUGUUCUGAUGUUCAACACCGCUACCCUUCGAUCGGGCUUCCACUUGCCGGAGACUGCCGAUUUUGCCGACAGCAUCGAACGAAUGAUGCGCCAGAAUCUUGGCGUGUCGUUGGACGAACAGCCCGAACCGGAGGAAUUCAUCGAGGAAAACGAUGGCAGUGAUGCUGCUUCCAAGAAUGAUGACGAUGACGAAGAAGAAGUAAAUGCCGACGACGGUGCCGACCAUGACGAACUGUGAAAUGACCGAGCCCUAGUUGUGAAUGAAUUCGAUAGCGAAGAUGGAUGAGCGAGUAGUAUAUAAGAUCGGCAUCAUUGGACUGAUUUUUAAGUCUAUAAGCAGCUUAUGUCCAGAUGUUUAUUCAACAUAGUCAGGCUGUAGGAAGGGCAUGUUUUUGAUGCUCCAUUUAGGUCUAGAUAAGCGUUUGUUUCGUUUAGUGAUAAUAAGAAACUUGCAUUUUCGAGAGGUAAGGACCGUGAAUUUUCCUUAAGUUUGUUUAUUAAAAUGUGUUUGGAGUAAAUUAUUCUCAGCUUACAAUGUUACAUCUAUUAAAUUGUACAAAUAAGAUCAUCACAUUUUGAGUGACCAUACGAAUAAAAUGAGCUGAUCGGAACAAAUAUGAUUUACACACGCCAGAGUACUAUUGUGUAAUAAAUCGAGAGUAAAUAAAUAAUUAAUUAACUGAAA